AUGGAAGAACUUUAACUAAGUUUAGAAUCAAUUGACUCAAACAAGAAAUAAAAUGAUGCUUAAACACCAAGUACAAAAGAAGAUAAAAGAAAAAAGGGGUUAAUUAAACAAUACGAUUAUAAUAGUAAAUAUUGAAUAAUAUAAAUAGGCCAAUUAGACCAAUAUAAUGUGAAACUAUGUGGAGUUGUAUUUGAUGCUAUAGGAGCACCAGAUUUUUUUAUUUAAAAUGAUGUUUUGAAUAACCAAUUCGACAUCUCUGAAUGA